UAGAAGAAUCGCGUGAGCUAGCCCAGGAAAAGAAUGAUCUAAGAGAAGAGAAGGCCUCACUCAAAUCUGAUAUUGAGAAUCUCAAUUCUCAAUAUCAGCAAAGACUCAUGGCUACUAACUCUAUUGUCAUGGCCCCUGCUCCCUUUCCAUUUCCAAUGCCAAUGCCACCAGGGCCAUUUCCUCUACAUCCAACCUCGCAGCCUUACAUGUUCUUCGGCAAUCAAAAUCCUGGAGUGAUAGCAAACCCAUGUUCCCCGUUCGUCCAAUACAUAGCUCCUAAUUCCAUGGCUGAGCAGCAGUCCUCCCGAAAUGCACCGCCUUUCGUUCAUCCAAGCAACCAUGAUUCGUCGUUCUCGAACGACACGAACAGGAACGAAAAUAAUCCAUCAGAAGUAGAACUAGAGGAGAGUUCUUCAAGUGAAUGUUCUUUAUCUCGUAGUUUAGAGGCUAAUUCGUUCAGUAGCACACUUAAUGGACGAAAAACUACUUGAUAUAUGUGGAAACACAUAAAAGUUCAGAUUCGCCCCAGAUGGUAUGAUAUUGUUCGCUUUGAGUAUAAGCUCUCGUGGUUUUACUUUUAGUUUUCC